AUGUUUAGAAGAAUUGUAAGAACAAAUAGCAAAUUAAUUAGUAAUAGUGUCAGAAGAAGUCUAACAAGAUCUAUUCCUGGUAUAUCAAGAGUAAAUGCCUUGGGCAUUCCUUCUAUUCCUUCUAAUAUCAGAUUCUAUUCUAUAAGUACUGAAGGUGAAGUGAUUGAUAAUAAGAUAGAUCAAAUAACUGAUAAUGAAUAUAAUAAAUUAUCUAAUGAAUAUUUAGAACAAUUAUCAGAAUCAUUAGAAGAAUUGAAUGAAGAAUUUGAACAAGUUGAUUGUGAAUUAAGUCAUGGAGUAUUAACAUUACAAUUACCUCCAAAUGGUGUUUAUGUUAUUAAUAAACAACCACCAAAUAAACAAAUUUGGUUAAGUAGUCCAAUUAGUGGACCUAAAAGAUAUGAUUUAAUUGGUGGGAAAUGGAUAACUUUAAGAGAUGGUACUUCAUUAACUGAAUUAUUACAACAAGAAAUUUCCACUGCUAUAAAUUCAGAUUAUAAAUUUGAAAAUAUUGAUUCAUAA